ACCAGCCAAGAACCAAAAACCAAAAAAACCAAACCAACACUUUAAACAGCAGCAAGACACCAAUUAUCCAAGGCAUCUCCUUCGUUCCUUGCCAACCUGUACACUCAAACACACUGAACAUGAAUGAUGGCUCAACCCUCGGCCUCAUCAAGACCGACCACUACACUUGAACCUCAACCUCAACAGCAACAGCAACAGCCAACCAAUCAGCAUCAGAGCAAACCAACUCAACCCAAAACUAAACCACCCAAGGAUGGAGCGAGGACACUACUAGAUGCAGUAACCGCCUACCAGAGAAGAACGGCCAGAGCCGAACGUACCGCUGGACGCAAUCAACCGAAUGAUCUCAAUUCUUCCCCUCAGAGGCCGGCCGAUCUAACAUCGGAUACCAGAUCACGGCCUCACCCAUCCUCACGCAGGACUCAAGAUCCCCCAUCUUCUGACAGAAGGGACUACUUUGAUUCUCAACAGCAGUCUUCCCAAGCACGCUCUGGUGGAUCUCCCUUCCCAUCCAAGAAAAAUCCCUCUUCCAAUCGCAACUCACCCAGAGGACUUCCAACUCCCAAUGAAUCCAAUUCCAAGCUCUUCGAUCCCAAGCUAGAUUCUUCAUUCUCCACUUCCAAGAGAUCUUCCGACAAGAAUCGCAUCGAGAGCCGAUCCACCAAGGCCAAUAAAAAUCAACCACAGAGUAAUCAUACACUCAAACCCCCUCCUGGGACCCUAGAAGAUCAUGAGAGCUCUCAGUCCAAUCCAUCUCAAGCCUCUCAUGGAGGAUCAAAGAACCCACCACCUCAUCUCAGAGCCACCUCCACACAAGAUCGUGGAUGGAAGCAGAAAAAAACAUCUGGUCGUGGUAGUACGGCCGAGCCUCGUCAGCUAUUCGAUCCUCGGAAACAUGACCCUGUCAAGUUUGCGAGUUCCAACCGACCAAGCGAACUCUCUGCCCCCAAGAAUUCGAUCCUCACAUUCAGCAAUGGCGAUCAAGAUCCCAUCAACUCUCACACUUACCCGAUCAAGGAUGACAAUGAUGAAGAGGACAGCAAGAAUGAUUUGAUCGUCAACUUGAAACACGCCUACAAACGAAUCGUCAGUUUAGAAACUGCUCUGAAAGAUGAAGAAUGUGCGGCCAAAGCCAAAGAAGAAGAACUCCGUGCUCGAGAAAUCCGAGAAGGUCAAACUUAUCUUUCGAACCCUGCAAACACCUCAUUUGCCUCACUGCUCCGGAACCACGCUCAGCAGAAACGUCAUCAGGAAGAUUAUUGGGUCAAGUUAGCCAAACAGCAUCGAGAUCGACUCUGGCAAAUCGGAUUUCAUCAACUACUUGAGCGACUCAGACAUGCGCUACCUCUUUCAGUAAACUCAGCCUUCAACGAACAAUCUAGUCAGCUUUUACUGGAGCAUAUGACUGACUUUAUCUAUUUUGCCUAUGGAUUCUAUACGGCCUUACUCGAAGAACAAAGACUUCUACCAUUCAAGAGUGUAUGGGUUGAGCAGUUGGGUGACCUGGCUCGCUAUCGGAUGGCGGUUGCUGGCUUGACGAGUAAGUUUGCUGGACAGAACGAGGCUCAGUCGAGUUCCAGAAAAUCAGAAGUCACUACCCGAGUCUCUGAUCAGGAUGUCAAUGAUGAGCAUGACAGCGAAAGUGGACGAAAGAGAGUCAGACCCAGGGCUCGACGGCCGCACCGAUCCAGAGGGGCUGGUGAGUCCGAACCGUCCUUGUCGGGAAGCCAAUCUAGCCGGCUUGAUAUAUCAUCGCAAGAAAGUCGCAGUCAAGUUGCACCAAUAAGCCCUAAGAUUGUCCCUCCACGACCAGGAGGUAGUAUAGGACUGGCCGCCUUGGGUGAUUGGGAUUGUGAAGAACAAGAGAUCUGGAGGGCGACUGCAAAAGACUGGUAUGCUAAAGGUCUAGCCGACAAUCCUGCUACCGGGAGAUUACAUCAUCAUUUGGCUUUGUUGAGCAAGGGUGACGAAUUAAGGACCUUGUAUCACUACUGUAAAAGCUUGACAGCCGCCCAUCCUUAUCUACCAGCCAGAGAAUCAAUCCUACCGUUCUUUGAGCAAGAACACCAAGCCAGAAGAAGCAGGCCCGAAGUGUCGAUCAAUGACCUCUUUGUUCACUUGCAUGGGAUGCUGUUUACGAAGAUCCAAUUGGACGAUUUCGACUCAGAGUUGGCUCGUUUUAUGGAAAAACUCACAGAGGAUCGAUUUUUAUCCGACAAGCAUGGUCGUCGAGGAUUUGGUCGAGCAUCGGGAGAUAUCGUCGCGCAGUCUACGAUGUCAAAUGCUAGUUGGGUGAUGAUGGCAACUGUCAACAUAUGUGCUAUUUUACAGUAUGGUCUCGAAGAUGGAGUUAUUCGGGCAACCCAACAAAGCACCCAAAACCAUUCAGCCGGCGUCAAUCCGCCUGUCGAGCCGCGCAAACCUACUCGUUCAAUCAGCUCGGAAGAAGGGAUGCCAUCGAUAGGCAAUGGCGCGGACCAAUCGAACGCUGAGCAGUUUGAUGAAGAACACAAAGCGAUCAUGAUCAAGAGAACUGAAGUCAAUGAUGCUGAUGAGGAGAACGAUCCGAUCGUCUUCGUCUGGGCAGCCAAAUUCGCAUUCGAAAUCUUCAAGGAAGUCUUGCAACAGGAUCCCUCCCAAGAAGUGUGUCCCUAUCUGGCGAUCAUCUUGACCUUCCUCGGAUCCUUGUGUCAAAAUAGACGGGCAAUGAAGAAAUUGGAGAGAUUCAUCCCAUGGGAAAAUUUAGUGAUCUAUUUUAAUCAAAUCCCAUCCUCAGUCCAAGUUCGACCUCCAUCCACGCUUCCAGCCCAAGAAAGUUCUGGUUCAUCUCACUUUAGAUUGAAUGGCUCCCCGUUGCUGGAGGACUGGUGUUUGAGGGGGAUGGAUUGGGCUGGCAAAGGACUGUUUGGGAGAGGCUAUUGGAAACAGCAGAAGACCAAUGCGAGUAAUGUAUCUUUGAACGGAGAGCUCGAAGGGGGUGGUCAGGUUCACUCACGGUUGGGGAGAAUUGAUUGGGAAGGUGAAGAGCCCAGCCAACCCACUAAUACUUAUCCUCUAUCAUCGGUCGAUCGCUGGAAACGGAUCGCGAUCGUUGCUGGCUGGAUCGCCAGUUCAGUCCCCGGAAUCAAGUACGAAAACAAUGGUCGGCAUACUUUCACGAUCGCCCAAUCUUUGAAACAUAAAAUCGAUCGAUGGGAGAAUGAGGCUCGGCGUGAGGAGGACGAACGACAGUUGGCCAAAUCUAAAAAUAUGAAGGCGUAUGAUCACAUUGCUCAGUUCGAUGAAGAAAUCGAUGGCCAAAUUGACGAUGACGAUGACGAUGAAGAUGAUGACGAUCCUGAUGACAGUGAACUGGUGAAAUCAUUGAAGGCACGACGACGAGAGUUGAAGAUGAUUUUAAAUCAGACAAAGAGUGCUUCGGCUCCAGUAGUAGGCCCCAAAUCUGGAGGGCGGAAAUCGCACCCUGGGUUCCAGAAAAAUCUCCCAUCAAUCCAGUCGAAGGCGCAUGCUCGAAACAAGAACCAAUCGAAGAUCAACGUUUUGCCAGGCUAUACGACGCUAGUCUUCGAUACCAACAUCCUGAUCGGGAUGCUGACGAUUGUCAAAGAUCUCUUGGAAUCUGAACAGUUUACGAUCAUCGUCCCUUUAGUAGUCAUCACUGAAUUGGAUGGGCUAAAGAAACGUGCAAGUGAUCCUGAGUCUCAGUCCAGACGGUUAGGCGAGGAAGCACUCGAAGCCAUCAAAUACCUAGAACAGUCGAUUAAGAGUUAUUCGAAGGUCUUGAAGAUUCAAACUAGUAAGGGCAACUAUUUAAGAGACCUGUCGAUCAGGAACGAGCAGAUCAACUUUCAAGACUUUGGCGCAACAAGUAAUGAUAGUUCAGCAGGAGGAACUAAUAAGGUCAAUAACGGGUUUAUCACCACCAAUGCGGCGCGGAACUUGGACGAUGUAGUCUUGCGGGCCACGACCUGGCAAUUGGAGCACUUCUCGACCCGCCUACCGACUUCAUUGUCUAACGCGGCCUCAGGCGGGACAGAAGAUGACAAGUCCGACGAGGAGAAGACCGAGCCGGAGAAAGUCGUCCUGCUCACCCUCGACCGUAACCUUCGGCUGAAAGCCCGGGCUAGAGGAAUCCUCGCCGCUGACGAGAAACAGAUCAUCAGCCUUGUUCACUCCUUCGCUCGUCGGUCGGAGCAGACCCCAUCUCAUCGAGCACAUCGAAGCGUGAAUGGCUCAUCGUCGUCGAAGAACGUUGUCAGUUGA